UCGGUGAAGUUUACGCACUUGGGUCGCUCGAUCAUACAAGACACGAUCCUUGGCUCGAACUCGAUUGAGCUUCUUCUUUUUCAAAGCUGAGCUCGACUCAUCCGAGUGUCUUGUCACCCGAUGACCAGCGACAGCGACCCCAAUGUCCUUCGAUGUUCUGCAAGUCCACGAACGUGACAACUUCUACCGCUCCCAAACAAAAAGGGUAUCUCCAGCUUGGGGACUCCACCCCAAGUGCACGCAUCUUGGCGGGUGUUUCGUUCACAUCCCUCCUUCUUCAGCUCCCCUUUCUUUAAGGCCUGUGCUCUGAAUUCGACUCGUGACGCAUUCGCUACACGCAAGGCCACCUUCUGAGUUCAGACCAGCUCGGCGCUUUUGGUCUUAGACCUCGGAGCUUCGUCCUGGGCUGAGUCCAUGGCCACGUCCGGUGCAUUUGGCGGGAAAUCCUUCCUUGCCUCCGCCAGGCCUUCUUCGAACGUCGAGCAGGUAUUGAAGACUGUGGAAUGGCCAGAACAAUUUCCGUUCAAAGAGGAGGAUUUCCAGCGAGAUGAUGUAUCUCCAGAUUCUUUGUUCUACAAGGCUCCUCGUUUCGUGACACAUGUAGAUGAUCCAGCCAUUGCGGCACUUACUAAGUUUUACUCAAGUGUCUUACCUCCUAGCAACGGUCCAGGAGUCAGCGUCCUCGAUAUUUGUAGCAGUUGGAUAAGCCAUUAUCCUGAAGGAUAUAAGCAAGAGAGGAUAGUAGGAAUGGGAAUGAACGAGCAAGAGCUCAAGCGGAAUUCGGUCCUGACUGAGCACUUUGUCCAAGACCUGAAUGUGAAUCCUACACUUCCAUUUGAAGAUGAUUCCUUCGACGUUAUCACAAAUGUGGUCAGUGUUGACUAUCUGACUAAGCCUCUUGAUGUUUUCGAGGAGAUGUCUCGGAUUCUUAAGCCAGGAGGCCAGGCAAUAAUGAGUUUCUCCGACCGUUGCUUUUGGACCAAAGCAAUCUCAAUAUGGACAUCGACAGGUGAUACAGAUCAUGUUUUGAUUGUUGGGUCAUACUUCCAUUAUGCAGGAGGAUUCGAGCCUCCUCAGUCUGUGGAUAUUUCUCCAAACCCUGGGCGAUCGGAUCCAAUGUACAUCGUGCACUCGAGAAAGGCCUUGACAGCAUGAGAUACGAAAGCGCGGAAGCAUCGCCCUUUCCAAGUAGGGAAAGGAGUUAGGUGGUCUUCAACUAAUGAGUCCUCAAAUGCCACCUAUACCUUAAAAAUUUGCCCUCUAUGAGGUAUGCUGUCAUAACAUAGCUGCUCAUUGUACCUUAAAACUCUAUAUAGCAGUUUGGGAGUGGCUGGUGCACCUAAAAUAGGUGAUUUUAGGGGCCAGUUAACUCCUGUUAUUUUUACUCUCGAUAAGCGAUUAUAUUACCUAAAAGACUCGGAUCAACUUUGUACAAAAGCAUGCAUUGUUUAUUUGCAGUUCAUGUCUUUAAGAGUGUGUGUGCUCGCUCUGAACAUUAAUAA